ACGCCCUCAGUGGGAAAGUGAGAGACGCACACAGGCGAGGUUGAAGUGGGGGAGACUGCAGAAGCAGAGGUGGAUGCGAGAGGAGAGCGAUGGAGAGCUGGUUGCGCCGUCUGCCGCCAGACACAAACAUAUGGGCCAUUUAAAUGAGAGCACGGAGGCAUCCGGCGACCCGCACACGCAGUGAAUGGAUCCACAGUUUCCUGAGAGGCAGCCGCUGGCAUCAAAGCGCUGAUCUAUUUUUGCACUCGUGUGUCUUCGGAUCUUCGGAGGCGACCGUUCAAGAUGCAAACUCCGGCCUCUAUGGUGAUGGGAAUUGUCUUCGCCCCCUUGGGACUGGUCCUCGUCCUCACCGCCGCCAUCACCCCUCAGUGGAGGGAGAGACAGGCCCGUCUGGGCACGACCGGGCACGGGUCCCUUCUCCGGGCCGGACUCAGAGGUCAGGGAGCGGUGGCCAGAACCGGGCCGGCUGACGCCCCGCUCAUGCUGCGCACCGAUGGGCUCUGGGAGAGCUGCCUGCAGGUGGAGCACUCUGAGCUGAAGCAGUGCUGGCCGGUGACGGGCCCAUAUCGGAGGGACCCCCGGGUCCGCCUGGCGCAAGGCCUGGUGCUGACCUCCCUGUUCCUGUGCGGCACCGGCAUCGUCCUGGCCUGCAUCGGGGUGCGGUGCUGGACGGACCUGCCGCUCAGGGGCGUGGCGGCCACGGGCGGACUCCUGGUGGUGACGGCCGGGCUGCUGAGCCUGACCGCGCUGGGCGUGUACACCCACAGCCUGGGUCGGCUGGGCAUGGCGGAGCCGGGCCGGGGCCGGGGCCCGGCUCAGCACCGGGUCCCCCAGCCGGGCCUGCGUGCGGCCGGCUCGCUCUACUUCGGCUGGCUGGGCUCCUGCCUGCAGGUGCUGGGGGGCAGCGCUCUGCUGCUCAGCUUCAAGCGGCCGCAGUGCUCCACCUGUGCGCCCUGCCCCCACCUGCCCCCCCGCCGCUCGCGUCCAAAGAUCAGCCACAGGCCCGACGCAGACGCGUACGAAGUCAGCUGCUAGAGCGCCUCCACGUUCCCAGGAGACUAGAAAACACCUCCGAACGAGCAGCUGAGCAGCUCCUGACUGGCAGACUGUAAGAUCAGACGGGAACACGAUGAACGUAACCGACUCCCGACAUAAAGAGACACUUGGUUGGUGAAAUGCAAUGUGAUUCAACAUACAAUGUAGGAGAAGUGAUCCAGAUGGUCGCGUCUGAAAAGAGCUAAAGUUCCUGCUGCCUUUAACGUGUGACUCCAGACCGACGGCUCGUCUUGUGCUGCCUUUUCCAUUCUAGCCAUGCUUUUGUACUGUUAACAAGGAAAGUGACUUUUCUGUGUCCGAACAAAACUGUGAACUGUAAAAUAUUUGUGCUGAACUUUGUGUCAGUUCUAUUUACUGUAUGAUUUUCUGUUAAAUGGAUAUUGAAUAUACUAUUAUUCAGCCUCUUUAUGCCUUUCAGUACAUUUAAGUUUUCUUUCUUCUCUUAUUUCGUAAAAAUAAUAAUCGGGUCACUGUUAAAUCACCCCAACCUGUUUCUUAGGCCGUUGUACACGUUUGUAUGAUACUUUUACUACGACGCCUUUGUCAAGUUAAUGUGAUAUUACUGACGAGGAAAUGUCAACGUUUAAAACAAAGGUGUUUGCGGAGGAGCACGCUCAACAGGGUGUUGUUUAAGCUUAUUUAAUUAUUUGUUGGUGUUAAAUUGUCAUAUUGUGUUUAUACAUGUUGGUGCAUUCUGCAUUUAAUAAAACAGUACAACAAUA